GCCGUUCCAAGGCGCAGCGAACCAGCCAGAAGAUGCAUAGCCUCAAGCCACAAGUCGCCCGUAGCCGACUCAUGGUCUCCUACGAGUACUUUUGUCUUACUGGAGCCAUGGUGCUUCAGCAGACAAAACGAACUCCAACUUCUACACUUAUGAGUUAAUGCCUUCAUGAAGUUUCACUGUUUCUCCAUUACAUUAAAUGCGUCCUUGAGAUAGCACCUUCAGCCUGCCCUCUUCAAUGCCACCAUGGUAGUCCCACCUCUCGAUGCCUUGAGUAUUGCUGCAGCCGUCGUUCAGUUUGUCGAUUUCUCAUGCCGAAUAAUAUCCAAGGGAAAUGAAUACCACAAAAGCGUCGAUGGUGCUAUCGUGGAAAAUAAAGAGCUCGAGGUGGUCGCAGCCAAUAUCCAAGAUCUCAGUGGGAGGCUCCAUUACUCGCUCAGCUCCAAGGCUAAACGGGCUCUGAGGAAGCACCUGGAUGGUUCAACCGGUCAGAAACAAGAUCAGCCGCUGUCGUAUGAAGAGCAGGCCUUGCAGGCUGUGGUUGUAGACUGCCAGGGCUUCGCCUCAGAACUCUUGGAGGCGCUUGAGCGACUGAAACUCCGCGGUAAUAGCACGAGGUGGAAGAGCUUUCGCCAGGCCUUCAAGACAAUAUGGGCGAAAGAAAAGAUCGAGGCCAUGUUGACGAAGCUCGGCCAAGCUCGUCAGCAGCUUGUCGUCAAUCUGCUUGUUGUCCUUAGUACUCAUUCAGAGUCCGAAUUCACCCAGAUCAAAGAGUCUAACGCACGGCUGGAGGCCACUAUUUUGACCACCAUCAAGGAUUCAGGCGCCAGUAUACAAAAGGAAAUCGCAAAAUUAUCUCUUGUGCCGAGCUAUAAUUCAGUGCAGCAAAAAGAGAAUUUCAAGUCGACCUGGUCAUCCAGGAAUGAAGACGAUGUGUCUCGAAUGGCAUUGGCCUUGACGGAAGUGACUCGCCAGGACAGGUCGAACGCUAUCAACACAAUGCUGCUUGAUAGCCUAUAUUUUACCCAGAUCGCCGAACGAAGAUCCAACAUCCGGGAAGCGCACCACAGUACUUUCAAGUGGGUAUUUCAGCCGACGGCAGAACUUGAGGAUCGAUGGACCAACCUGCCACGCUGGCUCGAUGGUACGGAUCCUGGUCAGAACGUGUACUGGAUCACGGGCAAGGCUGGGUCUGGCAAGAGCACAUUGAUGAGAUAUCUGUACGAAGCAAAAGAGACAAAGAACCUCCUCAAUGUCUGGGCUGGUAGCAGCAGAUUACUCACGGCCUGUUGCUUCUUUUGGAACCCUGGAAAUGAUAUUCAAAAGUCGCUGAAUGGCCUUUUGCGGACCUUACUACACGAACUUCUCACAACCUGCCCUCAAUGCAUCAAGAUAGUCGCCCCUUGGAGAUGGAGGUCACUGGAUCUUGGAGCCAAAUUCCUGGAACCAUGGACCGACGCCGAGCUUCUGAAUGUUCUAGAUGCAUUUUUCCGCAACACGGCCAAGAAUACCCACAUCUGUCUGUUUGUUGAUGGUCUGGAUGAGUUUCACGGCACCGACGAGACACGGGAGAAUCUCAUUGAUUUGCUUCAAAAAUUAGCUUCCAAAGAUAACGCGAAGAUUUGCUUGUCGAGUCGUCCCUGGAACAUAUUCGAGGAUGCAUUCGGCCGUGGGCCAAUGCUUCGCCUAGAAGACUUGACCCGCCCAGAUAUCCAGCGUUAUGUCAGUGAGAAGCUGACCCAACACCGACGGUUCGAAGUGCUGAAGCAAUUAUAUGAGGAGGAGUGCAUAGCGCUAGUUGAUAACAUUGUCGACAAGGCCUCAGGCGUCUUCUUGUGGGUGUACCUGGUAGUACGGUCUCUGACGCAAGGGUUGCGUGACGAGGACGGGAUAUCGGACCUCACGAGGAGACUGGAGCUUAUUCCCGCUGACCUCGAGCUCUAUUUCGACCAGAUGUUGUCAACGAUUGACCCGUUCCACCUUCCACGUUCAAGUGAGCUUUUUCAGCUCACCAUGUGCACCGACCGCCGACUGUCGCAGUUAACUCUCUCUUUUAUACACGAGGACAAACCCGAUGCCCUCGUCAAUCUUCUCAGGAGGGACAGAGAAGCCGCAAUCUCGCACGCAUACAGCUCAACAAGCCGUCGAGUGAACGCGCUGAGUAAAGGCCUGCUUGAAGUCAACAGGACCGAAUCGACCAAUCCCUAUUUCAGGUACGGUGUCGAUUUCCUUCACAGGACAGUGCGUGAUUUCCUGGCCAUGGACGAGGUUCGUCAAAAGCUGGAAAAGUACUCCAAGGGAGCAUUCCCGUGCCACCUACAUCUCUGUACAGCGGUCCUGGCUCAGAUCCGAUCUCUGGGCCCAAAUUACGAAUCUCUUACGGACGCUGAAGCUUUCUUGCGACUUCUGGACGAGUUUUUGUUUUAUGCCUCGGCUUUGGAAUCCCGAGGUUGCAGGGUCCCUGAGAACCUGUUCACCACGCUCAAAGGGCAGCUUGAUCUGUUUGACACGAGCAAUGUCGUGGACAAGGCAUGUCUUCGCUCGCGGGAAGUGCAAGCCCUGGACCUGAGAAACAAUCUCAAAAUGUUUACUUCGGCACACUGGUCAGAUGGCGUUGCCGAAGACAAGAACAAUCAGCUCAGUUUCUUCAUCUCCUCAGGUCUCUUCUACCCCGUCGAAAGGUUGAUCGAAAGCGACCCUAGCGCAAUAAGCGACAAAAAAGGCCGUCCGUUGUUAGACUACGCGCUACGACGAGAUCGGAACGCGGCCGUCGAGCUCAAGGUGCCGAAUCUGCAGACGACGCGUUUUCUGCUCGGGAGCGGCGCAGACCCGAACCAGAUGUACAAUGAGCGCACCGUGUGGCAUGUGUUUUUGAGUUGGAUGAGAGACAACAAGCGAUGUAUCGAUCCGUCCCCAGAGGCUUGGGUGGCCGCGACGAAAUUGAUGAUCGAACAUGGUGCCGACGCUUUCCCCACGGUCGGAGCUUUCUUCAGAGAAAUUUUUGAUACCCAGACGGCCAAGGACUUGAAUACGAUGCUCAGUGAAAGGGACACCGAAGCAGAACCUGAAGCCGAACCCGGCAUCGACAAAGAGCACAAGCAUGAUGUCACUGUUGAGGAGCCUCAAUCAGAGAAAAACAAAAAGGAACCGGACCUGGGAGUGAAGACCGAUCAGGGGAUUCUGUCAGGGUUUCGGCAAAUGUUUUUGUGGUCACGGUGGGGAUGAGACCUUCUUGUCAGGUCAAUGCUCUAUGUGUAGGACGGUUCUAUCAUUUUUUUUGUACAUUUCGAGCCGUCUUAUGAGAUGAUGAAAAUGGUCCAUGGAUGGAUGUUGUUUGGUUACUGCUUUUAAGGGAUGAAUUGAAAAGAUACGACUGGCAUUGAAUGAUACCCUUCCCGAAUACAGUACGGAGUUCUCGCAGCUGACAAUGAUGAUGAUGAUGAUGAUGAUGAUGAUGAUGAUGGACGACACACAUGAACCCUGAAAAGCAUGCAUUUCACGCCGUGGCACUCGUACUCUACUUGAUCUCGUACUUGUUUUUGGAUCGACGUCGUACUCUCGUGAGUUGGUCCAACGGCCACCUAAUCUUGCGACAGAAUGGAGUGCGAACGGUAACAGGGUGGAGAAGCUCUCAACCUUACACGGAACAAGAAAGACUGUACCUUGCCCUGUACAUCUUUUUAUUCCUUUUAUUCCUUCGGACAUUACUUUUACACACGAGGUCGUCGUCGUCGUCAUCUGUGAAGCAACAACUUGUCCACCAUGUCCACCAUGUAUGUAAAUAGUAUUGAUGCGACUCGACUAAACACAAGAUUCUGUAUC